CCCAGUGACCUCGAGCCUGAGUGGUUGGAUGGUGUGCAGAAAAAUGGAGAAUUAUUUUAUUUAGAACUGAGUGAAAGUGAAGAAGAAACUCUGCUUCACAACAGCUGUCCAGAAAUGCCAGCCGUGAAUCACGUCAGAUUUCGUGAAAAUGAAGCUGAAGUUAUUCAAGAGGGAUCACGAAAAGAAAGAAAAUAUAAACUGAAGAAAUUCACCAAAAUUUUAAAAAAGAAGAAUCUUUUGCCAAAGUAUUCUGGUAAAAAAGGCAGUGGAAGCUGUAAUGGGCACUCUCCUGGUCCUACUUCUAUAUUGAAACACCAGUCUGCUCAGAAAAUGGGUGUCACUGUCCAGCAGAAAUUCAAAGAUGUAUAUGUUUAUGUAAAUCCCAGAAAACUGUGCAGUGCUGGGGGUGAGAAGCCGCUCAGGCUCCUGGAGGCCUUAGUAGGGAUUGUUCAUCAGUCUUCAUGGAGCAGCAGAAGAGCAGAAAAACAAGGCGGGAAGGAUAAAGGCAUCAGAGGAAAUGGUGAAGAGAAGCUUGUAGUACAUGGUUUGGUGCCCGGUAGUUCAGCAAUUAAAACUGGUCAAAUUUUGAUUGGAGAUGCUCUAGUUGCUGUAAAUGACGUUGAUGUGAAUUCUGAAAACAUAGAAAGGGUUUUGUCUUGCAUUCCAGGUCCUAUGCAGGUGAAACUUACAUUUGAAACAUCAGUCUUCGAGCCAGAAGGAACCUCUCAGCAAAGGUUUAAACGGGCCCAGUCAAGUAUGAACAAUCUAGUUCGGCUUCUGUGGGGAGAAGACGGUACGGACCUUCAACAUGCUAUCCAAAACGUGCCACAUAUCGUCAUGUUCCUCUCACUGAAACUGGAUUCUGAAACAUCUAAGGAUGAGCAAGAAAUUCUUUAUCAGUACCCCAUAUCAGAAGCAUCCCAAAAACUGAAGAGUGUGAGAGGAAUAUUUCUCACACUGUGUGACAUCCUGGAAAGUGUUACUGGUACCCAGAUUAUCAGUUCCUCCCUUUUCUUAUGUGAAAAACUGGUUCAAGUUGUUUACUGGAAAGAAUCUGACAAGUUGCUUGUAAUUGGUCUUCCUGAAGAAAGUGUGCCACUUUCUCAGCUGAGGAACAUGAUUGCAGAUGUUGUGAGGAUCUUAAAAUUUAUGUACAGUUCUUUAGACAGUGCUUUUUGCCAGGUGGAAAAUGUUUCUCGCCUGGAUCAUUUUUUCAACCUGUUCUUCCAGCGAGCACUUCAGCCUGCAAGACUCAAUGCAAAUGCCAGCCCCAGUGCUCAGCACUACGAUACCUGCAGUGCUUUACUCUUAGACAGUCUCCCGGGCCUGCGCUGGCUGACGUUGCCUCAGGAGAUCAAGAUGGAAAUUGACACAGCCCUGAGUGAUCUGGAAGCAGCUGAUUUUGCAGAGCUGUCUGAAGAUUACUACGACAUGAGAAGAUUGUAUAUGAUUUUGGGUUCCUGUCUCUUCUACAAGGGUUACUUGAUUGGUAAUCACUUGCCAAAGGAAGAUCUUAUUGAUAUAGGUUUAUAUUGUCGGCACUAUUGUCUGUUACCCUUGGCAGCAGAACAGAAGAUUGGUCAGUUAGUGAUAUGGCGGGAAGUAUUUCCACAUCAUCAUUUGCAGCCAUGUGAUGCUUCAAGUCUCAUAGGAUACAGGGAACCUGAAGCGAGAUACUUUUUAUUGAUAGUUGGCUUGAGACACUUCAUGCUGUGUGUUCUCCUGGAGGCAGGCGGCUGUGCAUCGAAAGCCAUUGGGAAUCCAGGACCAGACUGCAUUUAUGUAGAUCAAGUCAAAGCCACAAUACUUCAGCUGGAAGGAACAGAGGCCAGCAUAGAGGAAAGGCUGGAUUCUCCCUCCAUUCCACCUUUAUCUUGUGCCGACUGGUUCCUUCCUGCAGCACGUGACAAAAUAGAGAGCUUGACAACCUCACCCAUCCUAAGCAGGCUACAAAGUUCUUCCAAAACAGUAACUGCUCCAGAAAGCAAAAGGACCCUGUUUGGUGACUCUUCCUUAAGUACGCGUAAGCCGAGUCCUACAAGAACCAUUGGGGGACCUAACCAUGGUAAUGAAGGCCCUGCAGAAGAUGGAAGCAGUAAUCCACAGUCUGUAUCAGAUCAGAUCUCUAAGAAAAAACACACGCUACCAAAUCCGUUUCAUAUAGGAAACCUUAAAAAGAACCUUUCAGAGAGAGAUGCACAACUUUAUAACACUAUCAAGUUGACUUCUGGUCCUGAGAAUACCCUCUUCCACUAUCUAUUUUUGGAAACAAUGCAAGGAAUCUUUAUUACUCCAACUCACCAAGAAGUAGCGCAGCUCGGAGGCUCCCUCCACCCUCAGUUAAUCAAGAAUUUCCAUCGUUGCUGUCUUUCAAUUCGUUCUGUUUUCCAGCAGUCCAUAAAGAAAGAAAAAAAGAAAAAAGCAGGCAGUAGGAUUUCAGAAUUCAGUACGGCCGCUGCAGAUCUAGAUGUAGUAAAAGAACAUGGUGUUUUGUUUGAGUGCUCUCCUGAUAACUGGAAUGAUCACAAGAAACCACCACCAACAAUGAGUUACUGGGUUGUAGGGAGACUCUUCCUGCAUCCAAAACCUCAGGAGUUUUAUGUCUGCUUUCAUGACUCAGUCACAGAAGUUGCUGUUGAACUGGCCUUUAAGCUGUCCUUUGGCUUAGCUACAUAGAUGAGCUUUCUGACUCUUCAGCAGUCCUGCAUGGUGUUGGAAUCUCUCCAUAGUACUUACAUAUCAAGGGAAAUUAACUGAAUUGUGGUACCCGUUUAUAUAGCACAUAUUUGGAACGCUUUAAAAGAAGUAAAUCUACCUUGUGGUAUGACACAGGUGUAAAACUGAAGUGAUGAUUUAUUAUCUAAUCGAUUUAAUAUUAAAAAAGAUUUCAGAGAUCCAAAUCCCUUAUUUUUAUACACUGUCAAAUUGUUCAUCCCGAUUAUAUUUUUAUUAUAUGAAAACUUCACCAUAAUUUGUACGUUCACUAGUGUUCACUGUACAACAUUCAAUGUAAAACGAUAAGCUGAUAUGCUCCAAGUGCUCGCUGAAUCUUUGGCAAUCAGUGAUGAAGGAAAAAAUAAAUUUUCCAGUUAAUUAAAAUUUGGUAGCUCUAAGGACACGAAAAAUCCUGACUGUUUUCAGCAGCUUUGUGUUAAUCAAACCAGAAAGAAAUCUUUUAGCACAUUAAUGGCACUUAGCCAUCUAAAGCUAAUGGCUUAUCAUUUUUUUUCCCAGGGUGGUCUUCUGCACACUCAAGGGCUAUAGCAUGUUUGACGGCUUACUUGAUUUCAAGUAUAUUGAGUUAUAUUGUAAAUAAUACUUGUAUUUCUUAUAACGCAGUGUUGAAGGCACAAAAGAAAAUGUGUGGGAAAAAGACAGUAGUUGGUAGUUUUGUUUGAGACCUACGCAUGGACUUGGCUACUUUUAUAUUAUUCUCGUGAUUUUAUAAUAAAGAAAUAUGAGUAUUUGUCAAAGAUCAGUAAAAUAUAACCUUAACUUUUAUACUUAUUUCCUCAUUUGUUUAUUCAAACAAUAUUUAGCUCAGUCUGCUAUAAUUUACAACUGGGGAUAUUAAAAAAAGAAAAGUUAGGCUAUAUCUGUAUGAGGCCAUAGAAGACAAAAUGCUUGCAAAAUCAAAAGUCUACCAAAUUCAGCUUACCUGCAAAUUGCUGAAAGGUUUUGUCAUCUACAGAUUAGCUGCUCCUAAAGCUUUUUUACUAGAGGUGUAGUGUACAAUGUACAAUUUUGGAACCUUUUGCCCCCCAACCAGCACAUUUAGAUAUGGCCAUCUGCACAGCAUGUCAUCACAUCCAUGUCAACAGUUUGACUGUUUUUUUUUUUUUUUGCUCCUUCUAUGUGUUUUUCAUGAGUGAUUCUCAUAAAGUGCAUGACUAAAGAUGCAUUUUAAGAAAUGGGAUGAAAAAAGUAUUUAGGAGAGUAAAUUAUGUUAUUUCGGCUCUCAUGAUCAAAUCCUGUAGAUUCUGUUUUUACUAGUAAAUUAAAUCGUUUAUAGGGUAUUUCUAAAUUAGUCAACCAAAUGCCUGUAACUGUUAACUCUCACUGGGUCAUUCCCAGCUUGGCUUUAAUUAGUCAACAGUCGAUUUAGUUUCAAGUGGUACAAGUCUUUGGCCUGAGGUGUAAGCACGUGCUAAAGGUUUUGUUAGAUCAGUCUUCCCUGGCAUUCCUCGUACCUUGAUGACAAUAAUAUUUCAGUUUGAAACAUACAGAACUGAGUUUCUUAAAUAUAGUGUUUUGUAUCUGAGGUCCUCAUCUACAAAUUGAUGAAGUGAUGUGAGGUUUACACUGCCUGAAAAAUAAGGAUAUGUAAUAGGAUGGAUGGAUUUUUAAAAAAUUUCUAAAAUAUGUAGUUUUGGAACAUAGAAGGGUUUUUUGCAGCUGAAAGACGAAACAUAGAAAAGAAAGCAGUCCUUGCUGCACUGUUUUUAGCAGAUUUAACAGCUUUUACAGAACUUAUGUGUGUGUUUGUGCACAUAGGUGUGUAUCUGUAUUGAAGAGUAUCAUUUUGCAGAUGUUUGUCUCUUGCUUCUAUCUAUUAAAGGUUGGGCUGUAUGGUUUGACUCAUAAGAGACUUUAAAAAAACAGCACGUCCAGACAGGUAGCUUCCAUCUAAAUUACUGUGCUUACUCAGACUGUUGGCUGACUUCAGUUCUUCAAAAUUCUCCAGCAAAUGGCACAGAGUCUCAACACGGAGACUUACGCUUAGUUUACCUUGUUAACUUACCAGAAGACUCUCCUCUUUUUUUCUUCUGCUAGGUUACUUUGCUGCCAGGGAAGUGGGUUAAACUCAGAUGACUCGCUGUCGGGCCAAGCACAUAACUAAGCCAAUGCAGAAAAAAUUGUGUGAACGUGUAGGUGUGUGCAUGGAGAAAAGAGGAAGAACAGGAGGAGAGUGGGACUCAUUCAGAAGUAGUCAGCUAUUAUUUAGAUUGACUUGUUCCUUCACAAGAACUUCACAAGCACCUGGGUAUGGCCAAAGACUCGGCCCUGAAGAGUGUGCACUUCAGACAGCGUUUUUAUGCUCAAAGCAGUGUAGUACAGCAACAAAAUGUGUUGCAAAAUUAGCAUUAACCUUGUUGAUACUACACGUUAGGAGACUUUUAUUGGUUAUUUUGUCAGUCACCUGAGCGUAGAUUAGAUUUUGAAGAUGUUAAAGAGCAUAUUUUAAAGAGUCCCAAAGGAUGAAAGGAUAUAUUUUCCUAUAGAAGGCAGGUAUCUUUGAUACAAAUCUUUUAGCUUUGUAACUUUCAGCAAGAUUACAGCUGUGAAUCAUGGUGUAUAGAGUUAAUGCUAGAAGGAAAACUAUGGAGAACAGCUACUAAGCUGAAACUUCAAUGUUAUGGCUCAAAAGAAAUACAUUUAUUUUGCCUUUAAAUGAUUGCUUAUAAAAAUUAAAAAAGCAAGG